AUGGCAUCUGCACAGUUUGUCUUCUAUCUGACUUGUCUGAUCUUGGGGGAAAUGGCUCAGAUGAAUCACCUGAAUGUAUCGUCACGGGUUCAUCAAGGCAAAGGUUUUCAGUCUGCUAACACUGGAGACAGCGUGACUUUGCAAUGUUUCUAUCAAGACGACAUUAUUGCAAGGUUUUACUGGUAUAAACAAAUCCUGGGACAGAAACCGAGGGUCAUCUCCAUGUUCUACAAGUAUGAAACAGAAGCCACUUUUUAUGAUGAAUUCAAGAAUAACCCACGCUUCUCACUGGAUACUGAAAAAGGUAAAAAUCACCUGAAGAUAACAAAUGUGCAUACUUCAGACUCUGCUACUUAUUACUGUGCAGGCAGCUAUUCAUUCACAUUUGAGUUUGCACAGGGCACCACCCUCAGUGUAAAAGGUUCAGGUUUGAACUUCCAAGCUUUAGUCCAACAGUCGGCGUCUCAGACCAUCCAACCAGGAGACUCACUGACUCUCAACUGUACAGUACAUACCGGGACCUGUGAUGGAGAACACAGUGUUUACUGGUUCAAAACUCAAGAAGAAUCCCAUCCAGGAAUCUUUUACAUCCGUGGAGGCAAGAAUGAUGAGUGUGGGAAGAAACUCAACACACAAACCUGUGUCUACAACCUGCCAGUAAAGAAUCUGUCUCAUGCUGGAACCUACUACUGUGCUGUUGCCUCAUGUGGACACAUAGUGUUUGGAAACGGGACCAAGCUGGACUUCAAAUAUGAAGUGGACUCUCUUGUAUCUGUACAUGUCUUGUGGGGAGCUCUGGCAAUCACCACCAUCCUGAGUGUUUUUUUGCUGAUCAACAAGAUGAACGCAUGCCACUGUACAGGUAGCUGCUGUUACAAUAUGUAUAUAGUGCAUAUGUAUUAA